GCCCGCCAUCGAAACUGACUUCCAGCGACGCCGGGCGUCCACACACGGAAACGCUCGCGACGCCGAAGAAGACAUUCUCGAGAGGUGCGCGGAACGCGUCGGUAUUUGACGGCGGAAAGUGAGGAAAAGCGCGCAUAGACUAUUUUUUUCGUGGUUAAUUAUUGUUGUUGGGUGGCCGGCGCUCGAUGGAGAUCGUGCGGAAAAUGGAAGGAGUGUGGGAAAUGGGUUCGCUAAGAAUCCCCACCACACACCGACCACCGAUCGCUGAGUGAUGCACUCGACAUCUAGCACGCCGACCAAAUUCGAUAAUAACAAUGAUAUCAAAAAGCAGCCAAUCGAGAAAAUGAGCGACUCCAGCAAAUCCAGCUACCAGGCGAUCAAAUCCACCGAAUCGUUGAGAGUACCCUCGAAAAAGAAAUCGGCCUUCCACCUCAACAACCUCUGGUCGAUAUGGUACGGGGUGUUUUGCACUGGUCUGCAAGGGUACGCCGCCUACAAAUGUCUGAAACGUAUAUUGGGUUACUCUUUGCUGACGUGGCCAGACGGCUUACCCUAUCUGGAACUCAACUGUAGCUUAGGACUGACAGGGGCGGCUUUCUUGCUGUUGCCCAUUUUCAUAACUGUGGCCACCCUGAAGGUUGGCAACUUGGCGAAUGACGGCUUCAAAUUGGGCAGGCAGAUGGGCACUUGCAGCAAGGAGCCCCCCGAGUUGCUCAAGAGCGGGGGGUGCGGCUUGUUCAGAUACGGGGGACCGACCGCCCCCUUCAUACAUAUCGCGAUAUCGUUCUGCUUGCUCAUCCCCAAACUGCUCAUGGAGGCCAAGCUGAUCGAAGCUGGCUUCCUACCACAAGACUGGAUAUGGCACACUGACCUCGACUUCAUCAUAAUGCACCGAGACCGGAUGGUGUUCCUCAGCUUUAUGACGUCCAACAGCACCAACGUCACGUUCACCGUCAGCCCCAGCAGGAUGACGUCAUCGUCAAUGGGCGCCUUGAAGCCCAGCGCCAUGCCCUUCGUCGCAGAUCCCCACGUGACCCACACCGUGAUGAAGACCUUGAAGGAUUUCAUCGGCCACGAGAAUCACACCAUGUUCGAGAACAAGAAUUUCGAAUCAGGAUUUGGCAGCUCAGUUAGCAUCGAGUACAUGAAUCUGGCCCUGGCUCUCGUCAUCUACUCGGUCAGAUAUCCAGCCCUUUUCUGGGCAACCAACAAAUGCCUGGGAUUGAUAUUCUCCUUUCAAUUGCUGAUAAACGGUGUGCACACUCUGCUAUCAUUCGCGGGAAUGUCAAUUCUGUACAAGGUUCAUGUGGUUGGAGUUUGGAAGGCCCUGCCUCUACUCAAACACAACUCCAGGGUCUACAACUUCGGGAGUCCGACUCCUUUCUUGCUGAACUCUGAAGUUACAUUCUCACUGUAUAUCCUGUCGACUUUGCUGGUGCUCACCUCUAGCAUCGUACUCUAUUUCUACGGACACACAAGGUUUAACGCCUUCUUGAACGUGCAACGCGAGAGCAAAAUAAUCAGCAUCAAGGAGGAGGGCAACAGCAACUUGUGGAGCUACUUCACGCACUGUGCGGCCCUUUGCAUUCUGCUUUCUAUAGGCAUUUGCAAUGCGCCGCUCAUACACGAUUACACCGUCGUGUACAGGGGCAGCUUGGAUGACGUCACUCUGAUUUGCAUCAUCGGAGGCAUCCUGCACUUGUUCUUCUGGAUCGUCAUCUGGCUGUUUUUGACCAUCAAGCAGAAGUGGACCUUCAAGAUCAGGAUCACGAUCGGCAGAGCCACCGUAAGAGAAUCCCGCUCGCUCCGUCUCGUCCACGACGUGCAUCUCGCCUCCAACUCCGACGACUCCCCCGCCUCCCACGACCCCCUGCUGGUGGUGGGCCACGGCCGCACGUACGCCGUGUCGGAAACCUCCCCCAAGCGCGCCAUCAUGGGGGCGGUGCACAAGGCCGUCCUCGGCAGGUCCAAGAGCGCCGGCUCCACCGCCACCGACGGGGACGAGGAGCAGAUCUACUGGCUGCGGCCGGCCCUGGUGCCCAGCCAGAACAGCCCCGAUGGAUCGAAUUACUUUUGCUGGUUCAAGAAGAAGCCCCGGCAGAAGGUCACUUUCGACGAGGCUAUCAGUACGUCGACGAAUCGCGCGAAAUCCGGCAACAUGGCACGAAGAAGCACCAUCCCCGGAAUGGAGGACGACGACGGCGAUUACGCGACCCUGAGGGAGCUACCCCUGCCUCCCAUUGCCACCCCCUCUUCCUCCCAGAGGUUGAGCAACGGCGAUGACACGGCCAGCGAGGAGGGAAAGCUUCUGGCUUGUGUUCAUGACGAACAUAUCACUUACGCUAGCACCAACCAGGACUUCGAACCGCCAAUAGCUUACGAAGAGAGAAGUCCGCUGCUUGAGGAACCUUCUGUUAUUGUCCACAGCAACUACGAAAAUCAACUGCAAGCCGGCUCCGCUCCCAAAUGCCUGCGUCGCACCGACUCCGGCAUCAUUCCACACGAGGACCGCCCCGGCAGAUCCGACUCAGUAAGCACCGAGAGCUCCCACAGCCCCCCAGACGGCCUGGGGAGCAACCAUAGCGAGACGUCCAGCGGCAUCCACUCCAACGAUAGCGACCACCCGCUCCCAGCGCCCAAGAACCACAUGCUGCCCAAGGAGACGGAAUGGCGGUCGUCGCAGACCGACAACUCCCAGAACCUGAUCAACCUCACGGAGAAUCCGGCGGACUCGGUGGUGAUCAGGAGGAAGUCGAUCAGGCCGAGCAAGGCGGAGAUCGUGGCUCCGGCCAUUCUGGAAGAAGAUCCUUACGGAAGGGCGACCAACAUGCGAAUGACCUCCUUCACGGACAAAACCGAUCAGUCGCAGUCCUGCUCCGCCACAUUGCCCCACUACCCCACACAGCCGGUCCAAAACGUCUACCCAAACUGCUCCACCAUGCCGCUGCCCCACAGCUCGACCAACAGCAGUGCUGCCCCCUCCAUGGCGAACGGCAACAGCUGCAACGUCUACCCGAGGCAGCACACGACCAUUCCCACGCACCACAACGGGGUGAAGCUCAACCUCAACCCCUUUCCGAAGAGGCUGCUGCCCAGAGGAACUGGGGAGCCGGCUAUGAAGUACGAACCGAUUUACACGGCGAUUAAUAGGAAAAGUGGGGAGUUAUAUCAUUACACGUCGUAAGUAGGGUGGGGUUGAAGGGAAGGGAAUGCUAGAUGGGGUGAAGCUCAACCUCAAUCCCUAUCCGAAGAGGCUGCUGCCCAGAGGCUCAGAAGAGCCGGCUAUGAAGUACGAACCGAUUUACACGGCGAUUAAUAGGAAAUCUGUGAAAUUUUAUCAUUACACGUCGUAAGUAGGGUGGUGUUGAGGGGGAGGGAA